GCCUUAUCCAGAUAGGAUGUUGAGCCUCCAGACAGAACGUAGCUAGAAAGAACAAGAUGUUGAGCCUCCCAAUUGCUUCCUCUUCGUCGAUCAGCUUCUCUUCGCAACCCCGUUUUCCAAUCUUCAAAUUCUCCUUCAAUGGCGCUAAAAUCCCGCACAUUAGCACCAUUCGCGUGCCUCCUCAGACGGCGUCGUUCCGAAACCCUUCAUCCUCGGUAGUGAUGAUGGCGAAGCGAGAGGAGGAAAUUAAUGAAAUUAGGGCCAAGACCACGGAAGAAAUCAACGAAGAGGUGGUUGACCUCAAGGGAGAGCUCCUCAUGCUUCGCUUACAGAAGUCCGCCCGCAACGAGUUCAAGUCCAGCGAAUUCCGUCGCAUGCGCAAAAGGAUUGCUCGAAUGCUUACUAUUAAACGGGAAAGGGAGAUUGAGGAGGGAAUUAACAAGAGGCUGUCAAGAAAGUUGGACCGGAAAUGGAAGAAAAGCAUUGUUGUCAGACCGCCUCCGUCCUUGAAGAAGUUGCAAGAGGAAGAAGCAGCAGCAGAAGCUGAGAAAUCUGCUUGAGCUUGCAGCAUCGCAAGGGAUACGAUUUCCUUUCAUGGGUUAGAGUAUUGCCAUUUUUUUUCUUUUCCUCUUUAGUUUUUUGUGUAUUUGUCAUAUUCUUCAUAGUACAAUGUACUAAUGUGUUUCCUCCAACCACCCUCAAAUUUUAGUGUUUUUUUAAUAUAGAGAUUUGGGUAGUUUCAUUGUGUAUCUGUUUGGUACAUAGGAAUCAUAGGAAGUAAGCUUGACCUGUUACCUUGUAUACCGCCUCGUCCUUCUUCCUUGUA